ACUUUUCAGCGUAGUGGCAAACUUGUCUGCAUUAGACGCAGGAGUGCGCCGUGCGCCAGUUACGUGUAGGAGGUGCAAGAUGGUCAGAAAGUGCUCAAGUUAAUACCGUUUAUUUGUUUGUUUUUUUUCUUUUCCGGAAAACAAGUGAGAAAGGAACGUGGAUUUACGCGACAGUGUCGGUGAAGACAACAGUUAGCUUCAAUAUUUUCUGACUUGCAUGACAAGACUGCGACGGGCGUGAAGCCCCGCGUGAACAUCAAUAUGUGGGAGCAGGAGGAAUUCGAAAAACACUGGAGGAAAGAAUUUCCCGACGGAAAAGUACCCCAGAUGGAUUUGAACUCUGUAGAGGACAUCGAGUCCGAGCUGGAGACAUGCAAAGCCAACCUGAAGAGGCUCCAGAAGGCUCUGGCAGAGGAGAAAUUCAAGGUGAUUUACCUGGAGACCACCGUGGCCCGACAGAAGAGAAACGACCCGGAAAGGUUUGAAGGCAAAGAUGAAAACUUUAACGCUGACAUGUCGACCUUUUCCAAAACGGAGAAUAUCAGGAAACCGCCGCGGCGGGACGCCGAGCGUGACGAGGGGAGAAUGAAGGCGCUGGACCCCGGUGGCAUGAAGCACCACGCUGCGGGUAGCAACACAGCGGGGCUCACCAGCUCCUUCGGCCGGGAGCGAGGCAGGUUCAGCGGCAAGAUGGGCAAACCAGUCCCUAUCCCGGUUCCGCCACAGAAGCCCAUGUUUUGUAGAGUGGACACGGCCCCUGCCAUCGUCCAGCGUGCAAAUGACAACGAGGAAGGCAGCGACCGGGAAUAUGAGGAUUUGGAGCUGAAUGAAAAUUUCGUCAGGAAUAACUUGUUGGCACCAAAGACUGCGGGAAGAGACGGUAAGAAGACUUCCAGCGCUCACCGGGACAGCCGGCGGCCUUUCCGCCACAGCAGGGAGUUUGACUCCGAUGAUGGCAGACUGUCACCGUCCUUCCCCCACAUUCAACGCAGACCCUCCCGAGGCUCGGGGUGCAGCACCCCAGAGAGGAGGAGUGAUGGGUACCUGAGCUCCGACCACGAUGACUCCUCUUCCGCAGACUUUAACUAUAACACAGAUGGAUACGAGGGGGACGCAGGAGAGGACGGCAAGUCCCAGGAUGGCUCAGAAACGCUGCCCUUUAUAGAUGAAUCGCCCACCAUGUCACCCCAGCUCUGCGCGCCCCAAGGGCCAGAUGGAGAAACCGUGUCACCCACACCUCUGCUGGCUGGGGGAGACAUCGAGAAAGGACUGGAGAUGAAGAGACUGGUGCUGUCUGGAUUCCUGGCCAGCGAGGAGAUCUACAUUAACCAGCUGGAGGCCCUGCUACUGCCCAUGCGACCCCUGAAAGCAACAGCCACGACCUCUCAGCCUGUCCUGACCAUCCAGCAGGUAGAGACCAUCUUCUACAAAAUCCAGGACAUCUUCGAGAUCCACAAAGAGUUCUACGACGCCCUCCUACCCAGCAUCCAGCAGUGGGACGAGAAGGUCACCGUGGGACAUUUGUUCCAGAAGCUGGCCAGCCAGCUGGGCGUGUACAAGGCCUUUGUGGACAACUACAAGGUGGCGCUGGAGACGGCAGAGAAAUGCAGCCAAGCCAACAGCCAGUUCCAGAAGAUAUCUGAGAACCUCAAAGUAAAAGGUCCUAAAGACUCCAAAGUCUGUACAACAACUAGUUCAAUGGAGGCUCUCCUUUACAAGCCGAUUGACCGUGUUACCAGAAGCACCCUGGUUCUUCAUGAUUUGCUGAAACACACUCCAAAGGACCACCCGGACUUCCCCCUCCUGCAGGACGCUCUGCGGAUUUCUCAGAACUUCCUCUCCUCCAUCAAUGAGGAGAUUGACCCUCGCAGGACUGCUGUUACUACACCCAAGGGCGAGGCCCGUCAGCUGGUGAAGGAUGGCUUCCUGGUGGAGGUGUCGGAAAGCUCCAGGAAGCUACGGCACGUCUUCCUCUUCACCGAUCUGCUGCUCUGUGCCAAGAUGAAAAAGACGGCUGUGGGUCGCCAUCAGCAGUAUGAGUGCAAGUGGUACAUCCCUCUAGCGGACUUAACUUUCCAAACCCUGGACGACUCGGAUGCUUGCCCGAGCAUCCAGGUCCUGCCAGAGCACGAGAUUGAGGAGAUGAAGAUCAAGAUCUCGGUCUUAAAGAAUGAGAUACAGAAAGAGAAGAAAGCACCGAAGGGCCAGAGCCGCGUGGAGCGUCUCAGGAAGAAGAUGAACGAGCAGGAGUCCUGGUUGCUCCUGCACUCCCCCACCAUCCCCUUUCGCAUCCACAACAAACAUGGAAAGAGCUACCUGUUCCUGCUAUCCUCUGACUACGAGAGGUCAGAGUGGAGGGAAAGCAUUCAGAAACUCCAAAAGAAAGACCUCCAGUCAUGCGUGUUAAGUUCUGUAGAGCUCCAAGUAUUGACCAGCUCUUGUUUCAAACUCCGAACAGUCCACAACAUUCCUGUCACCGGCAACAAAGACGAUGAGGAGACUCCUGGCCUGUACGGCUUUCUGCAUGUGAUUGUCCACUCUGCCAAAGGAUUCGAGCAGUCAGCCAAUCUAUACUGCACUCUCGAAGUAGACUCAUUUGGAUACUUUGUCAGCAAGGCCAAGACCCGAGUCUUCAGGGACACCACGGAGCCUCAGUGGAACGAAGAGUUUGAGAUUGAGUUGGAGGGCUCCCAGUACCUUCGGAUCCUGUGCUACGAGAAGUGUUACGACAAAAGCAUGCUGAACAAAGACGACAAUGAGAUUGUGGACAAGAUUAUGGGCAAAGGGCAAGUCCAGCUGGAUCCUCAGACUGUGCAGUCCAAGAACUGGCACAUGGAUGUCAUAGAGAUGAAUGGGAUUAAAGUGGAAUUCUCCAUGAAGUUUACAAGUCGAGACCUCAGCUUAAAGAGAACGCCGUCCAAAAAACAGAGUGGCGUGUUUGGAGUCAAAAUCAACGUUGUUACAAAGCGCGAGCGCUCCAAGGUGCCUUACAUAGUCCGUCAGUGCAUUGAGGAGGUGGAGAAGAGGGGGAUCGAUGAAGUGGGAAUCUACAGGAUCUCAGGGGUGGCCACUGAUAUCCAGGCCCUCAAAUCAGCAUUCGAUACCAAUACCAAAGAUAUCCUGGUGAUGCUGAGCGACAUGGACAUCAACGCCAUUGCAGGAACGCUGAAGCUGUACUUCAGGGAGCUGCCGGAGCCUCUUCUCACUGACCGCCUCUAUCCCGCCUUCAUGGAGGGCAUAGCUCUCUCAGACCCAGCAGCCAAGGAGAACUGCAUGAUGCACCUCCUGCGCUCGCUGCCUGACCCCAACAUCAUGACCUUCCUCACGCUGCUGGAGCACCUCAAACGGGUGGCUGAGAAGGAGCCCAUCAACAAGAUGUCCCUUCAUAACCUGGCCACCGUGUUCGGCCCCACUCUGCUCAGGCCCUCAGAGUCAGAGAGCGCGAAGGGACAGCACAUCACCUCCGCUUCUGACAUCUGGUCACAUGACGUCAUGGCACAGGUCCAGGUGCUGCUCUACUACCUGCAGCAUCCUCCCAUCUCCUAUGCUGAGCUGAAGCGAAACACACUCUACUUCUCCACCGAUGUUUAAUCCCCGGCCACCUCCCACAGGGCUUCACCUGGAGACGAAAGAGUGAGAGAGAGAGAGACUCCAUACAAACAUUGGUCCCCAGCAGUCAGUAAUCCUGCCUCAGCUCUCCCUCGCCCACAGCAGGCAGCUCGUCUCAACUGUACAGCCCCCCAAUCCCCCAGCCCUCCCCUUCCACAUCUCCCUUCCGUUUAAACCCCACAUCCACCCGACCCUACCACACCCAGUCCUGUGAGGAGAUGGAGCCGGGCACGUGAAGGAGAUUUCCGGGGCGUCUUAAUAGUCAUGUGUCGUGUCCUGUAAACGUGAGGAGAGCCCAGCCGCUUCCCACUGGCAAGAAGACAGGGAGUUAUGGGACCACUGUGGGGAAAAUGGGAGGGGACAAGGGGCUGGAGGCCACAGCCUGGCGCAGUGGCACAGGAUCAUGCCUCGGCGUGUGGGGUGUUGUCAUCCCUUUGCCAAGUUCUGGUUUGAUGAUUUGAAAAACCAGUCGACUCAAACUCUACUUUCUGUUUUUGUUUUCUUGGUCAGAGGCAUUCCACAAAUAAAGGCAUUUACAUGUUUUGGAAUAAUGUUUAGCACCUGAUUUUUGUUUCCUUCCCUGGGCUUUGUGUGUGUGUGUGAGGGGGUGU